AUGUUCCAUCCAGUCGAAAGGUCACGGACCAAUGGCGGAAUCUCGAUUAACUUGGCAAAUAUUGUGUUUUUACAGAAAUUAUACAAGAAAAAUCCUGGCUCCGGCACGGAAGGUUAUCUCAACCAAUUACGCCUCUCAACGUUGUACUUUUCCCGACUAGCGGUCACAGGAAAACCAUUCGAGAUCGGCGUCGAAGUGGCCACGGCGGGUAAAUUCGAUGACAUCGUUAUGUACUUAGAAGAAGAGCAGCAGUACUGCUUGGUUCAGGCGAAGCAUAAGCAGGACGAAACGAAACGGAUCAUUCUAGAUGAUUUGCUUAAAACGACUACCGAGUACAGUCUGCCGAAAUAUUUUGAUUCGUUUGUUGGUUUGAAGCAAGAAGUGUUCUACCAGGCCGGACGACUGAAAUAUAUCGUGAUCUAUACCAACCUAAAAGUGGACGAAAACGUGAUGAAAGUGAUCGAGUCAGUUAGUCCAAGCGAGGACACAUUUUUGAAGACUCUGAAUGUGAAAUGUGCCGGAAAAGAGCCAACGCUCUAUCGUUUCAAUACCAAUUGCAUUGAUUUCAUCGAGCAACUUAUCGAUCGCAUUUCACCGAUCUGUGAAGUGGCACGAAAGCUGGCCGAACAACUGGUCCAGCGGAAAAAGAUUUCGAUCAAUCCAAAUGGAGUGUUUCACGAAUUCCAUAACCUCCUCGUGCGUGAUGUGUUUGAUCUCGAGCGACAACUUUUCAGCGAAAAAUUUCUCUCGUGUGAUCAGGAAUCUUCGAUCUACGUACAAAAAUUUCGAUUUCUACUCGAACGUACAUUGCGUUCCAUCUUGAAAAUGGAAGACUUUUCCAUAACCGAUCUGAACCAACUCAUUAUGUCAGGGAAACUUAAGCUACUGUUCGAACCGGGAUUUUUGUGUAAGUUAACUAAUCAAUCAACUAAAUCGACCAAGGACUGGAUUGACUAUCGAGUAAAGCGCGCGGAGGUGAUAGAAUUUUUCAAACAUCUCAUUUUGGCUGCCGAUCAACCGAACUUCAUAGAGUUGGAAGCCAUUACCAAGAUGGAAGUGUUCGGUUUGAAGGAAUAUGUUGACGAAUAUAUGCGUGUGGUGUUUGAUCAAAUAGACCGUUGGAUACGCGACGGAGAAGGAGUGUUCUUAAACGCGAACGACUGGAACACCAUCUGCAAUAAUUCACGGGCGCGAAUAACCGGGAAGAAGUGGUUGCUAAAAUCGGAAGAAUACCAGAAAAACAACCGUGCCAGUGGGUAUAUUUUUGAAAACAAUACGUUGAUAGCACCGCUGGAACUAUUUCUAAGAUCUAUCGAAAACGAUAUUAUGCUAAUGUUGGCUACUCAUAGCGUGGAAGUCUGUGCCUCGCGAGUACUCCAAGCUUUGGUUACUCUCGACAAGCAAUUUGUAGUGUUCGAAACGCAUUGCUUUCAUGAUAGCGAAGACCUGGACAGCUGUGUUACGUUUAUUAAAAAUCUCUCAAACAAAGUGCUCGUUAUCGUGUGCAAUGAAAAGUGUUGCCAUUCGGUACUGAAAAACCACCGUUACAAAUUCAAUACAUUUAAAAAUGUCAAAAUGGUGUAUAUAACCACUGAUAACAUCCAAGGAGAAAGCUUAGAACAUAUUACGUAUAUCCAUCGCGAUCAGUUCAGGCUUGGUGAUAUGCGCGAACAGUCGCGGCAAAAGCUAUUGGAGAAGCAAAUAAUGUUACAGAAUCGUCUCGUGCGUCUAAGUGAUCUUUUAAGUGAAGAGAAGGCACUAAGCGUACUAAACAUGGAGUUUAUAUCACAGCUUCUCAUGGAUCAAGUUGAGCCAAUUGUAUAUAGCUUUAAAUAUCAGUGCCAACUGAAGGGACAUUAUUUUAGUAGAACGUUCUGCAACGACCAUUCGUUGAUGGACGAGGAUGGGUUCGAGGAGAUGAUGCAAAGUAACCGGGCUAUUAUACUUUCAGAUGUCCCUGGUAUGGGUAAAACAACGUUUUUGCAAUGUUUUAUAGAACGACUCUCUAGUGCACUACCCGAUCAUGUAAUUUGCCUGAUGCACUUAAAGUUCUACACAGAAACCCUCGAAGAGAUUACUAAGCUCAACGCACAGACUCUGAGCGUCAACGACGCUGUUCAUUACGCCACAAAAUGCUUUUUUGCCGGUAGCUCCCGACUUGGGCAAGAGCUCUUCCGUAAUGCUAUCCUUAAUACUGGAAAAUUGAUUGUACUAGUAGACGGAUACGAUAGUGUCAUCCAUCGCUACAAGAUAUCAGUCGAAAAAGCAUCGCAACUAUUCAUGCAACAACCCUUCCGAAUAAGAAACCUACUGAUUGCAACUCGCCCUCAUGAAACACAACAUCUCUGCGAAGCGCUUCCACAAGCCAAGGUGGUUUCAAUGAAGCCGUUGCAUGAGGAACAACGUGUCGAGUUUCUCCGCAGAUGGUGGACAUGCGAGGAAAGCUUGGAUGCUUGCCAAUUGAUACAAUUCCUUGGUGCUACCUACGGCGACUGGAUCGUGGGCAUUCCAUUCCAGUUAAAGUUGCUAGCAGAGAUUUAUCAGGAAGAUCGGACUGCCUUUAGCAGCUUUGGAGGGUUGUUGGAGCUUUACUUGGAGAAACAAUUCUAUGAGUCGAACCACCGGGCGAACCAUAUUAUGGGUAUCGCUCAGCAGCGGAUGGCCGCUAACACCUUGAGGCAGGCUUCACAUGAAGGUCACUGCGCCCUUGCUGCACAGCUGUCCUUUUUCCCCGCAAAACCAGUUAAUAUGGCAAGCUUUGGGUACCUACUCGAUAUUGGUCUGAUCAUCUUGGAGGGCAAUCAGGUGAGAUUCGAGCAUCGUGUAUUCCAAGACUACUUCGCGGCCGAAGCUUUAAUGGUAGGGUACUUUUCCCAUCUCGAUGACAGUCGGUUGCGGGACAUCUUGAAUGAUCCACACAAUCAAUUUCUUUACCAGUUUCUUCUGCAUCACCUGGGUAAGGUUAAAAACGCUCAUUUCCGAGCGCGUUUCGAAAGUAUCUUACCACAGAAUCUAGCAAGUCAGCAAACUAGUAAAGGUUAUUCAUAA